AAAGCAAAGCCCAGCGGAAAUCUUCAUUUUCUGGUCUUCUCGCUUACGUUUGCUCCAGUAAAUUUCAACCGACAACAGCCGUGUUUUUCUGGAACGAAAGAUUUCAGUCUCAAAUAUGGCAACCAGCGCCAGAGAAAGUCGGCGUAGGAAAAUCCUCGAAAGAGGAUCUGAUCGUUUGGCUUUUAUUACGGGUCAGCUCCAAAACCUGCCUACUCCUCCUCCUCACUCUCAUGAACAACUCCACGCCAACCCUCCUCCGCCGCAAGAUCCACCUACUGAUUUUUCGACUCAACCCGCCGUUUCUCCUGAUGUCGACGAUGAAGCCUCCGGUCCUUUGUCGCUCAAACAUCACCCUGUUUCUGAUGCUGAUCAGGGUCAGACCAGUGCUUAUAAUGGUGGAAUUGAUGAAGGAUCAGCAUCCAGCGGACGGGAUAGAAGCAUUGAGCCUUCAAAUGGUUCUGCUUUUGAUACAAGUGGUGAACCGAAUUCAUUUCUGGUUUCAUCAAAUGAUCGAAGUUCACCAAUUUCCACGUCAGGGACAGUACAGGGUUCAGAAACAUCUGCUCGGAAACAUAACUUCUUCACCCCUAAACAAAUAAGUUCUGCCAUUGAUGCAUCUGAGAAAGCACGCCUUUUAUGUUCAGUAAUUGUGGGUGUUUUAGUUGUAUUGUUGCAUUUGGGGUUUCCUCUUCCAGGAAACAAGUUCUUAGGGAGCAUUCUUAACUUUAGGCCACUUUACUUGGUUUUGUUGACCAAUGUAACAUUGGUGAUGGGGCGGCUUCUUUACGGUGAUCAUGGAAGUUCACAGAGAACCAUUGGAGAAGAGCACAAAGCCACUUCCACAGAUGACUAUAAUUGGGCUGAGCAAUUAAGCAAGACUUUGGAUGUAGGAUUGGUAGCAAAAAAGGUGGUUGAUGCAGUGUUCAUGGAUUGUAGUGUAUAUGCAAUAAUUGUCAUAUGUGGCCUCUCCUUCACAUAGCAUAUAUUUGUUUUGAUAAUUUUUUGAUGUGUUAGGGAUUAUGAUGUAUCUUUUUAGGCACCCCUGCUGAACUUUUCAAGUUGAAUGGAUCAAGAAUGGUAUUCUUUGGGUUACUUGCAAGUUAUACUUUUGAAUAUGUGGCCUCUCCUUCACAUAGCAUAUAUUUGUUUUGAUUUUUUUUUGAUGUGUUAGGGAUUAUGAUGUAUCUUUUUAGGCACCCCUGCUGAACUUUUCAAGUUGAAUGGAUCAAGAAUGGUAUUCUUUGGGUUACUUGCAAGUUAUACUUUUGUAUUUCAAAACUAUCUUCAAUGAAGUAUUGGGUUGCAUUUUAUUAUUCUCAGAUUGCAUUACUGCAAAUUAUGGUAUGAAUCUAAACUAAACAUACUUUGUUCGUGUUUAAUAAACGAGUUUCAAAAACAUGUUUUUGUUUAUUUAACGUUGAUAAACGAAUAGGAAUAAAAAUCCAAUUGCUCAUAAAGUUUUCAUCCAAACUCUCUAUUCAUAUGCAAUUUUACUUAUAAUUCAUAUUGGUUUGAUGCAAUGAAAAUUACUCGCUUAGGUCCCAAAUUCAUGCAAAUGAAGGUGUAUCAUGGAGGUUUUCUUCGUUUUAGGUGAAAAUUAAAUAUUACAUUAAUCUCUCAAAUCUUUUAACAUAGUCCAACUUGACUAAAUCUCGAUUGGAUUGUGGAGGUUGAUCAAACCAUUGAAUAUCUGUUGAAUAUCUGUGAAAUUUGUCGCCAUAAACUUAGUCAUAUGACCAAUAACUGUAUUCUGUGAUCUCGAAAUGUGACUGAUAAGAACUUCCAAUUACGACUUAACAGACUAUGAAUAAGAGGUUUUUACUUUUUUUUUUUCCGUAAAGGGGCAGAAUGGGAUGCUUCUACCUACAUAUUAAACAUACCCAGAGAAUGAAGAGUUACUCGAAGAACAUGCUUUUAUUACAAAAACCAACACUUCGUCUCCAAGAAUUCACUCUUCGAAAUAUGGGCAUAGGUUUCCCUCAUAGCUCUCUUAAUUAUGCUAUAUGGUUACAUAUGUUUUUCGCUGAAUAAAACUCUUAAACUGAGACGCAGUUUUGCAAGAUAAUCAAUGAUUCGGUUGUUGUUUCCGAUUUGGAGUGGCAGGCAGAGAUUAGCCAAUCUCUUAAGAUAUUGCUCAAAAAACUCGUUGCUUGAUCAAGGGAUUCAGGUUCAUGCAGCUAGUUUGAGGAUGGGAUUUGAUUUUGACUUGAUGUUGAGCAAUGAUCUUAUAGAUAUGUAUUCAAAAUGUGGUGUAAUGGACACUGCUUCUCUUGUGUUCGACAGAAUGACUGAGAGAAAUGUGGUUUCUUGGACGGCGCUCAUGUGUGGCCAUUUACAAAAUGGUAAUGCCAAAGCAACAUUAUCACUCUUCUUUCAGAUGGCAUUUUCAUGUUUGAAACCAAAUGAGUACACUUUUUCCACGAAUUUCAAAGCUUGUGGGAUUUUGAAUGUUCCUGAGAUUGGAAUGAAGAUUCAUGGUAGGUGUGUAUUAACUGGCUUUGAAACUAUCCCUGUGGUGGGAAAUUCAAUAGUUGAUAUGUAUUCAAAAUGUGGAAGAAUCAACGAAGCAGUAAUGAUGUUUAAUGUUUUGCCAGUUAAGAAUCUAAUAAGUUGGAACACAAUGCUAGCAGGUUAUACACUUGCAGGCCAAGGUGAAAAAGCUUUACUUUGGUUCCAUAGAAUGCUAGAAAAUGGAGAGAUACCUGAUGAAUAUACAUUAACAACCGUGUUGAAAGCAUGUAGUCGUCUUGGGAAGAUUAGGGAAGGAUCAAUGAUUCAUGGUUUUUUGAUCACUAGUGGGUUUCCAUGUUCUGGAAAAGCAGCCAUUGCAGGUUCUCUUAUUGAUUUGUAUGUGAAAUGCGGGAACUUGGCUGGGGCUCAAAGGGUGUUUAAUCAGAUUGGAGAGAAGAAUGUAAUAUCUUGGAGUGCAUUAAUUCUGGGGUAUGCUCAAGAAGGGAAUUUGGCAGAAGCCAUUGAGUUGUUUAAGCAGCUUCAAAACAACAGCAAGCAAGUGGAUGGCUUCGUUCUAUCAAGUAUGAUGGGUGUAUUUGCUGAUUUUGCACUUGUGGAGCAAGGCAAGCAAAUGCAUGCGUAUGCUGUUAAGGUUCCUUCUGGUUCUGAGAUAUCAGUGUCCAAUUCAAUCGUUGAUAUGUAUCUGAAGUGUGGACUUCUAGAUGAGGCCGAAAGACUUUUCAACGAAAUGCCAGCAAGAAAUGUGGUUUCUUGGACAGUAAUGAUCACCGGGUAUGGAAAACAUGGCAUUGGCAAAGAGGCAAUUCGUUUAUUUGACCAAAUGCAGUCGAAUAAUAUCGAGCCUGAUGGGGUGACUUAUUUGGCUACACUAUCAGCAUGUAGUCAUUCAGGACUCACCAAGGAAGGUGAAGAAUAUUUCUCACAGUUAUGUCGUAAUCGAUGGGUUAAACCUGGGAUCGAGCAUUAUGCUUGCAUGGUUGAUCUUCUUGGUAGAGAUGGACGCUUGAAAGAAGCCAAAGACCUGAUAGAGAACAUGCCAUUAAAGCCAAAUGUAGGGAUAUGGCAAACGCUGCUGAGUGCAUGUAGGGUGCAUGGGAACUUGCAACUUGGGAAAGAAGUAGGCCAAAAUCUUUUGACAUUGGAUGGCGAAAACCCUGUCAACUAUGUGAUGAUUUCAAACAUUUACGCCGAGGCUGGAUACUGGAAGGAGUACGAGCAAGUAAGAGAAAUGGCAAAAGCAAAGGGGUUAAGGAAAGAGGCAGGGCGUAGUUGGGUGGAGAUUGACAAGGUGGUCCACUUUUUCUACGGCGGAGACGAUACUCACCCAAUGAUAGACAAGAUUCAUCGAGUGUUGAAGGAGAUGGAGAGAAGGAUGAAAGAAAGAAUGGGUUAUGUUCAUGGGGUGAAAUUUGCAUUGCGGGAUAUAGACGAAGAGUCGAAGGUGGAGAGCUUGAGGGUUCACAGUGAGAAGCUGGCAAUCGGAUUGGCACUUUGCCAUGGAGGGUGGGAUGAAGCAAGAGUGAUAAGGGUGUUCAAGAACUUGAGAAUUUGUGGGGAUUGUCAUGAUUUCAUAAAAUGCUUGUCGAAGAUUGUGAAGGUUGUUUUCGUGGUGAGAGAUGCUAACAGGUUUCAUCAGUUCAAGGAUGGCCUUUGUUCUUGCAGAGAUUAUUGGUAAGGUGCUAAUGCUGUUUUGGCUUACCUAUUCUUGCGCACAGAAUGAAAUAAAGAUGGACCAUACGCGAUGAUAUUUUAACCUGAUUAGACAGGUUAUAUUGGAAACUGAUCGAGAUAUCGGUUCGAAAAAUUACUUUAAACCAGUUAAAUUGGAAAUCUGUAUGAGACAUGCUGAAUUGAAUUUAUUUAUUUUAUUUAUUUUUAAUUUUUAAUAA